AAAACAAUACUAGUUCAACAUCAUGGCUUUAUCGUUUUCUCUCUUCAUUUUCAUAUGCUUGGUUUUCUUACUCACUCAUUCUUCUUCUUUUAUGAAACCCCUGUGCCAUCAUGAUGACAUCUCUGCCUUGUUGCAGUUCAAGGAAAGCUUUAUCAUCAACACAUCUGCUCCUAAUGCUAAAAAGGUUGCGUCAUGGAUAGUAGAAGGAGACAAGAGUGAUUGCUGCUCAUGGGAUGGGGUGGAGUGCGAUGAGAACACAGGUCAUGUAAUUGGCCUCGACCUCAGUAGCAGUUGUCUCUACGGUUCUAUCAACUCCAACAGUAGCCUUUUUCGCCUUGUUCACCUCCAAAGUCUUAACCUUGCAUACAAUGACUUUAACGACUCUCAAAUCCCAUCCCAGGUACAUGAUCUUUCAAAACUAAUAGAUCUCAAUCUCUCUUCCUCUAAGUUUUCUGGUCAAAUCCCGUUUGAAAUUUCUCGAUUGUCGCACUUGAUAUCCCUCGAUUUGUCUAAUAGAGAUUUGGAACUCCGAAAGCACAGCCUAAGAAGCCUAGUUGGAAAUUUGACCCACCUACAAAAGCUUGAUUUGGCUUGGGUGAACAUUAACUCUACGGUGCCUAAUAUUUUCGCAAAUUUGUCUUCUUUAACAUUCCUUUCUCUUGAUGGUUGUGGUUUGCAAGGGGAAUUUCCAAUGGGUAUAUUUAAGCUGCCAAAUUUAAGGUAUCUUAAUGUAGGUGGAAAUAAAGACCUCACUGGUUAUUUGCCUGGCUUUACAUGGAGUAGUCCGCUUGAGAUAUUGGAGCUCAGAGGCUCGAAUUUCUCAGGUGAACUACCUGCUUCCAUAGGAAACCUUGGCUUCUUGAAUAUAUUGAUCUUGUCAGGUUGCAAUUUCUCGGGGUCCAUCCCAUCUUCGCUUGGUAACCUCACUAAACUCACUUUGCUUGACCUUUCAGAUAACACUUUCGUGGGUAAUAUUCCACCUUCACUUGGUAACCUCACUAAACUCAAUCUUCUUUUUCUUUCAAGAAAUGCUCUCAUGGGUAAUAUUCCAACUUCAAUUGGAAACCUCACUAAACUCAGACUUCUUUAUCUUUACAAAAACGCUUUUGUUGGUAACAUUCUGCAUUCACUUGGAAACCUUGUUCAACUAUCUGCUCUAGACAUUUCCAACAAUCAAUUGACAGGUCCAUUCCCUUUUGAGCUUGUAAAUUUGCCACAAUUGAGUUUAGUUGAUCUAAGCCAUAAUCUUUUGAGUGGUUUCGAGCUUAGGAAUGAGACACAAUUGACCUCCUCUGUCGUGGGAGAAAAUCGGCUAACAAGGCUGGACCUUUCAGCCAACAAGCUUCACGGUCAAAUUCCAAACUCAGUCUUUAACCUCAAGAAUCUUAUAUCUCUUGAUCUUUCUAACAACCACUUUACCGGCAUUGUGGAGUUUGAUGAGUUUGUUACGCUCAAAAAUUUAACUUCAUUGGCUAUUUCUGGCAAUCAAUUGAGCGAGUUUCCGAAUUUUCUAAGAAACCAACAUGAAUUGGAGUACCUAAACUUGUCCAACAAUAAGAUUCAUGGCCAUGUCCCAGAAUGGAUUUGGAACACAAGUACUGCAAGUCUAAAAUUUCUUGAUCUUUCCAACAACUUGCUCACGGGCUUUAGUCAACAUCCAAUUUUUCUUCCAUGGACUUCUCUACAAUAUCUUGAUCUCAGGUCAAAUUUUCUCCAAGGAUCACUUCCGAUUCCACCAGUCUCCACUUUGCAUUUUUUUAUUUCCAACAACUCAAUCACUGGAAAUAUGCCAGAAUAUUUUUGCAAUCGGAGUUCUCUUAUAGUCCUUGAUUUGGCUAAUAACAACUUAAGUGGUUCACUUCCACGAUGCUUGGACAACUUUGAAGCUUCUCUUUCGGUUCUUGAUCUGAGAAAGAACAAAUUUCAAGGAAGCAUUCCAGAUACUUGGAUAAGAGGAAGCCAAUAUUUGAGGAUAAUAAAUUUCAGUCAAAACAAAUUCCAAGGGCGUUUACCGAGAUCGCUGGCUAAGUGUACGAUUCUAAAGGUCCUUGAUCUUAGUGAUAACAAGUUCAAUGAUAGAUUUCCAUUUUGGUUGGGAGAUCUUCCAAAUUUAGAAGUCCUCAUUUUACGGUCAAACAAUUUCAAUGGUCCAAUGGAGACACCUCAAAAUUAUCUUAAGUUCCCCGACAUGCGAAUCCUUGACAUCUCCAACAAUGAUUUUAUGGGAAAGUUGCCAUUAAGACUUCUUGAAAAUUGGAAGGCCAAAAAAAUUGAGAAUGUGCAACUGUCAACAUAUAUUCAUGAAACGUCAUAUGUCGUUAUAGAAAAAGUUUUUGUUUCGGGUUCUGAGAAUGCUCGGACUUAUACUUAUUCUAUGAUGAUGACAAACAAAGGCAAGAAUAUGUUCUACGAAAAGGUCCAAGAAUUGUUCACAGCCAUUGACUUCUCAAGCAACAAAUUUCUUGGAGAAAUUCCAAAAUCUAUUGGAAAUUUAAAGGGAGCUCAGUUGCUCAAUCUUUCUAAUAACUAUCUCACGGGUCACAUCCCUUCAUCUCUAGGAAACCUUACAGAGCUGGAAGCAUUGGACCUUUCUCAGAACAAAUUGUCAGGGGAGAUUCCGCAUCAACUAACACAACUUACUUUCCUAGAAGUCUUCAAUGUUUCUUAUAAUAAUCUCACGGGACCUGUACCACAAGGGAAACAAUUUGAUACAUUUGAGAACAAUUCAUUUGAAGCUAAUCCAGGAUUGUGUGGGAAACCAUUGACAAAGAAAUGUGGGAAUUCUGAUAAUGCUCCUUUUCAACAUUCAAUCUUUGAAGCAAGCCAAGAGUCUAGAUCAUCAUUUGAAUUUGGUUGGAAAAUAGUUGUGAUUGGAUAUGGAUUUGGAUUUGCUGUUGGAAUAAUAAUUGGACCCAUUGUGUUUGCAAGGAAACAUGACUGGCUAAUGAAGACCUUUAGAAUAAGGCCAUUGAGUGGGAGAAGACGCAGAAAUUAAAUAAAAUAGUUUGAAUAUGAUACCUUAUCAAAGCAAUGUUUUUAUUAUUGUACUUGUGUUUUCUACUUUUAAU